AUGGGCAUAAAAGAGAGAGCUGUUGCACAUGAAAAUGCUCGCUAUAUAAGCAUCAUCAACAAAGCGCUCAACUUUAGCAAAGAAAUCACCAACCUGAAUGCUGCUUACAAACUCAGAUUGUGUGCCGAUAUUGUCAUACGUCAAAAGAAAAACGCUCUUGCUACGGCACAGAAUAUUUUCAAGUGUAAUUUCGGCCGCCGUCAUCGCGUUUUCUAUUCAGAUGGCUCUUCUACCACUACACCAAAACCAAAUUCAGCGCCACCAACUGUCAAGCCUCCCUCAAGCAUUCCAUCCGGUGCUGCUGUUGUCUACAAGUCUAAGAGGAACGAAGACUGGAACAUGAAAUUCUUUACCCCAACCAGUCGAGGGCGAGACACUAUCUUCACUGAGCUCGCCGCCAUCGCACACGCUUUGUCAAUUGCCAUGGCAGAGAGGGCGCUUUACCUGGACGAUAACCAAAAACACUCCAAUGGAAAAGCCAGGUGGUCCAAAGUGACAAUUUUCACCGAUUGCAUAGGCGCGCUGAAAAGGAUAUGCGAGCUUCGAGAGGGCGCCAUCGCCAAUGCCCAAGCGCUUUGCGACCCGCUUCUCCGCCAUAUCAUUACCAUGUCGCAAUACCUCUACGACAAGGGAGUCCAAAUCGAGUUGCGUUGGGUUCCAGGCCACUCUCAUGUCGAAGGUAAUUGCCGCGCCAACGCUGCCGCCCGAUACGCAGCAAAUCAUCAAGAUGUCGGCAUGCUCCUCCCGGAAGGAUUAAACUGGGACACGGAACCUUUGUCAAAUGAUAUGAAAACACAUGGCCCGCAACAACAGAAAAUGUCUCCGAAAAAGAAAGGCUAG